AUGGAAGAUAAAAUCAGGAUUUCGGGACCGGUUCUAGCGUUAGACAAUUAUCCAGUAUCUCAACUUAUCCACGAAGAAUUUGCAAUAUUCGUGGUUGCCACGGCUGGCCAAGGGGAUGAACCUGAUAAUAUGAAAAGAUUCUGGAAGUUUCUUUUGCGAAAAAACCUACCUCCUAACUCUUUAUCAAAGUUAAAAUAUGGAGUACUUGGUUUUGGUGAUUCAUCGUUUUCUAAAUUUAAUUUUGCUGCUAAGAAGCUUCAUAAAAGAUUGGCACAAUUAGGGGCCACACCUUUGGUUGACAUAGGGCUAUGUGACUUCCAACAUGACUUAGGCCAUGAUGCAGUUAAAGCACCGUGGAUCAACGAAUAUAUAUCAAAAUUGAAGUUAUUCUUCCCUCACAUACGAACAGACAACUUAAAUAGUUUUGUACCUAGAUGGAAAGUUUCACUAAUAAAAGAUGGUAGUCCUAAUUUAAUUAACAAUAAAGUUGAAAACAGUCUGACAAGGGACAUUUAUUUUGAAGAUUGUGCAACUGAUACAUAUUUAGGUGCUUGUCAAGUAGUUGUUGAACAAAAUAUACGAACUACAGACAAAUCACAUUUCCAAGAUGUUAGAUUGAUAACCCUAAGAAAAACAGGAGACUCUGAGCUUCAUUAUAAACCAGGAGAUGUAUUCAAUAUUAUUCCUCGGAAUUCUAAAGAAGAUAUAGCUGAUUUAUUUAGUAUAUUUGAGGAACACAAUAUUGAUAUAAAACCUCAUUAUAUGCUUCUGGUAGAAGAAUGUCAUUAUGGUAAGUUUUUUCCUUGA